UGAGCAUUUUGUUGCAUUGUGUAGAUAAUUCAACUACAAAACUUAAUAAAUUACAAAGUACCAUGUUGUCAAGAUAUUAUAAAGUCAUAAAUGCCUCACAGAAACAGAGGUCAGCGCCAUGGCUCAAUAGGCUAAUCCUUCCCUUGCAGCACCGGCACACUGGGUUCUAGUCCCGGUCGGGGCGCCAGAUUCUGUACCGGUUGCCCCUUUUCCAGGCCAGCUCUCUGCUGUGGCCCAGGAGUGCAGUGGAGGAUGGCCCAAGUGCUUGGGCCCUGCACCCGUACGGGAGACCAGGAAAAGCACUUCACUCCUGGCUUCAGAUCAGCAAGUGUGCCAGCUGUGGCGGCCAUUGGAGGGUGAACCAAUGGUAAAGGAAGACCUUUUUCUCUGUCUCUCUCUCUCACUGUCCACUCUGCCUGUCAAAAAUAAAAUAAAUAAAUUAAAAAAAAAAAGGCCAGCUCCACAUCUCAAUAGGCUAAUCCUUUGCCUUGCGGCGCUGGCACACUGGGUUGUAGUCUGGGUCGGGGCACUGGAUUCUGUUCCAGUUGCCCCUCUUCCAGGCCAGCUCUCUGCUGUGGCCAGGGAGUGCAGUGGAGGACGGGCCAAGUGCUUGGGCCCUGCACCCAUGGGAGACCAGGAUAAGAACCUGGCUCCUGCCAUCGGAUCAGCAUGGUGCGCUGGCCACUGCACGCUGGCCGCAGCCUGCGGCCAUUGGAGGGUGAACCAACAGCAAAGGAAGACCUUUCUCUCUGUCUCUCACUGUCUACUCUGCCUGUCAAAAAAAAAAAAAACAGAAGUAAUUCUUCCAAAAUUGUAUUAUUUGCACCAGCAUUGUGAUAUAGUGGGUAAAGCCAUCACCUGUGAUACCAGCAUCCAACAUGGGCACUGGUUCAAAACCCAGAUGCUCCACUUCUGAUCUAGCUCCUUACUAAUGCUUCUGGAAAUACAGUGGAAGUUGGCCAAAGUCCUUAGGCCCUGUACCCAUUUGGGAGUCCAUGAUGAUGCUCCUGGGUUGUGAGUUUUGCCUAGCCCAGCCCUGGCCUUUGUGGCCAUUUGUGGAGUGAGCCAGUGGGUAGAAGAUAGAUCUCUAUCUCUGUUUCUCUGUAACUCUGCAUUUAAAAUAAGUAAAACAAAUAAAAAUAUUAUCUUCAUUAGCUUCUUCUGGUACUCACAAAUAUCAUUAGGGAUGAGGUGAGAAUCCUGAAAAGAAUCCCCAUCCUUGAAGUAAAGGAGUAUGGCAACUGUGGAUAAUAUGAAGUAUGGCCUCAACCCCGUUCCAUAUUUCUUAUACAAAAUAGAAUCUGAAAACACUUGGGGAAGUAAAACAGAACCUAAAGUUUUAAGCAGAAGGGAAAACUCCAAUGGUUUCUUGGAAAACAGCAUAGAAAAAAAAAAAUUACAAUUGGGGAGAAACAGGCAGGGGCCAACUUCUGAGCUUUAUCCCAGUACAGAGUAGGGAUCAAUGAGAAGGCCUCAGGAACAUGCCUGUGGACUCAGUGUCAGCCUAAGACAAAAUUACUCAGAGCAGCAGUGAAUAAUUUUAUCCUGUAAACCAAACCACCAGGUAAACAAAAAUAAAACAAUAAACACCACCACACCAAUAUCUUCCCAGUAGAAGAAAGUGAAUGGAGAGGGGCAUGUUAAGGAAGAAUUCAAAAGAGAAGACAUAUCUUGUGUUGAGUUGACAUAAGAGAAAAGUUUCUCUGGAAAACAGUUCACAUCUUUUACCAUGACAUAAUGAUAUAAGAAUUUAAGUUAUAGGUUUUGAAGGUAACCACAGAAAAAUUAAAUUAAAAAACUAACUUUACUUUGGAGAAGAUCAAUUCAACCUUCAAAAGUGAAGGUUUAACAUAGGGCAGGGAUACCAAUUCUAGUAACAGCAUGCUUUAUCUCAAUCUCUCUAUUAACUCACUUUCUACAUUAAAUUAUAGGACAUGCAAAAAAAAAUCUAAACAAAAACAGUCAAGAUGCCAACCAAGGACAGGAACAGACUAGGAAACAACAUGAGACAUAACAUUUGAAAUAAUUUAAUUGACCUGCUGAAAAUCUGUUUUACAAAACGUGAAUAAUAUGCAUAAUCCACUGGGUCAUUUCACAGACACAUGCAAAGAAUUAAGCAGAAAAGGUAGAUGAAAAAUGCCUUUCACAGAAUAAUCAGUAGACUUGACACUGCAAUGUAAAGUGCCAGUGAACCUGAAACUAUUAAGUUAGCUUGAAGUUAUAUAACCUGAAUUUCAAAAAGUAAUUUGUGAGAAAAAAAUUAACAAAAACAGCAUAGCAGAAACUAGAUACAAAAUUAAAUGGUAAAAAUACAUAUAAUUUGAAAUGCAAAAGAGAAGAAGCAGAAGAAGAAAUAUUUGAGGAAGUAAUGGGCACUCAAAAAUUGUUUUUAUAGAAAACCCUAAGAAUAUACAAAAAGGUGACAUAGCAGAAAGUGAAUACAUUAAAAUGGCCAGGGUUUGGCCUCAGCCUGCUGUGCAUUAAGCCACUGUCUAAAACACUGACACUGGAGCACUGGUUUGAGUCCCUGAUGAUGUAUUUUUGAUACAGCUCCCUGAUAUGUGCCUGAGAAAGCAGUAGAGUUUGGCCUAAGUAUUUGUGCUCCUAUCACCUGUGUAGGAGAUCCACAAGGAGUUCUAGGCUCCUGGCUUCAGCCUGGCCUGAUGGUGAGGUCAUAUGGGGACUGAAAUAGCAGAUGGAAGAUAUUUCUCUCUGUGUCCUUUCUCUAUGACUCUACCUUAUAAAUAAAUCAAAUAAAUUUAUUUUAAAAAUAUAGCCAGUUACAAGAUUAAUAUUCAAAGGCAAUUAUAUUUUAUUGCUAUAAAUUAAUUUAUUUUAAAACCAAACCAGUGCAAUUACCAGUGGCAAAAAAGUCCUUUAUAUGUGCUUAAAACACAGGCAAAUACAUCAAAGAAAGUGAAAGUGCAAUAAGUUGCAGAUACCAAUUUAUGUAUGAGAAAAUUCAGUAUUGCUAAAAUGCCAAUCUUUGCCCAAAGUUAACUAAUGUACAGAUCCAAAACAACUUCAAUUGAAACUACAUAGGAUUUAAUGUGUGUGUAUAUUGACAGUAUGAUUCCAAAAUCAAUAUAGAAAAAUCCUAAAAAGCAAAAAAAAAAAAAGGAAAACAAUCAAUUUGUAAGUGAAGCUGAAUUUAAGGAAGACAUACUUGAUACUUGAAAAUGUGAAUUUCCUAAGAAUACAUCAAGAGAAAUUGUGAUGUUCUUCAUGGAUUCAUAAAAAUUAGCAUACAUUAUCUCCUUGUAGACAUUUCAAAAUAUUUUAUAGAUAAUAUCUUAGGCCCUUCAGGAUGAAGAAUACUUUAGAGAGGGCAAUUUAAACAGAAAGUUGUAACUCAAUUCUAGAGGUUGUAAAAUCCAAGAUUAAGGCACUAGCCCAUUCUGUCUGUGACAGCUCAUUUCCUGCCUACUAGAAGUAUUUAUGCGCCCUCCUAUCGUAGAAGUAGCCAGAAUUUUCCAGCACAGCUUUCAUAACAUCAGAGUUAGGGCCUAAUUGCUCCAUAAAUACAAAUUCUUUUCAAUAUUUACACACUGGGUUAUGAGUUUGAACCUGACAUUAAAGCCAUAGCCACCUGUAGACCAUAGCCAAACAAUAAAGGGGAAUCUAAAGAAUUAUAUUGCCUGGAAACAAAAAAGAAUGUAGUAGAACUCGAGUUCCAAUUCAUAGGACUGAUCAUAAAUCUGAUUUAAAAUACUUCACUAUAUUCUAUGUACACAAUGAGACUUCAGUUUACAGAAUGUAGACUUGAAAAUGAUAGUUUUUCUGUAUAAGACUACAAAACAAUGUAUGUGAUGAGUCUUAUAAAGUGAAUGGAAAAUAAGAAUUACACACAAGGUACACAUGGAUAUCUAAGUGAUAAUUUCUUCUGCAUCUCAUUAAACCCCGAAUCUGGGAAAGUGAUGAUACAGAAUUUCCCAAAUAAAAGAUCAGGUUCCUAAAUAGGAGGUAGAUAAGUUAUUCUAUGUACAGGGUCACUGCAGACUAAAAAGAAGCUAUGAACAUUUCUGGGAAUGGCAGGAUUCUGUGGAAUGUUUAUUCCAAGUUUUCAGUUAUUUGCCAAACCAUUGUAUGAAGCUUUGAAAGGCUCUGGCACAGACACCUUGUGUUGUAUAGGGGAGCCACAAAAGGUGUUACAAAGAAUUAAAGAGCUUUUUAACAGAAACUCCAGCAUUAGGAAUCCCCAAGUAAGCCAUUCACCUUGUUUAUAAAAUGAUCCCCUUCAGAUUAGUUGCCUAAAUGAAGGAUCCCUGCCAGGUAUUACUGAACGUGCCUAGCUCAGUGAAAUUAGGUUUAAACUUCUACCUCUUGAGUCUUUGCAGGUAAACUCAAAAGACAUGUCUGCUGGAGAAUCAUGUGCUGGAACUAAUAUGGGCUGGGCAGAUGCCAUGGCUAAAAUCCUCAACAAGAAAACGCCUAAAAGUAAACCCACCAUUCUAGUCAAAAAUAAAGAACUGGAAAAGGAAAAAGAAAAGUUAAAGCAAGAAAGACUUGAGAGAAGAAAACAGCUUGAUAAGAGGCGGGAAUGGGAAAUGAUGUGCAGAGUAAAGCCAGAUGUUGUCAAAGACAAAGAAGCAGAGAGAAAUCUGCAGAGAACUGCAAGGAGGGGUGUGGUGCAAUUGGUUAAUGCUGUUCAAAAACAUCAAAAGAAUGUUGAAGAAAAGGGUAAAGAAGCUGGGGGCUGUAUUAGAAAGUCUGCUAAGUUGAUAUCAACUGUUUCUAAGAAAGAUUUCAUCAGUGUUCUGAGAGGAAUGGAUGGAAGUACAAAUGAGAAAAGUUCAACUGAGAAGAACUCAAAAGCCAAACAGACUAAAGCGAAAUCAGAAGAGGGUCCAGGUUGGACAAUCCUACGUGAUGAUUUCAUGAUGGGAGCAUCUAUGAAAGACUGGGACAAGGAAAGUGAUGGGCCAGAUAACAGCAGACCAGAAUCUGCAAGUGACUCCGACGUGUAAAAUAAUAGAGGCAACAUAGUUUUCAGUUUAUUUUUCCUACAAAGAUACUCUGUCCUCCGGCAGUUUGGGAAUUAUAAUGAUACCAUUUGUAAGAAAGCCAAAAGACUUACUAGCUUUGAUGUUCCCCCUUUACAUGUAAACUUUGUUAAAACUGUAUUUUCAACUUUUGUAUAAUUUUAGGCGUUGUUCCUCAAAACAUUUGCAACAAAAAAUAUAUCCACUUGAUCAGCAAGAUCCACAUUGUGCCAGUAUGGUCAGAUGUUUACAGAUUGGUCAUGUCUGUGCUGUGUUCUUUCAGUGUCACCAAUGUUGCUAGACAUGCACUGCCAAUUCAUAAGUAAAAUGAACUCUUUGAAGUUAA